GUUCCCAGGGCCCUGGUGGGUAGAGCCACACCACAGGCACUCAGGCUCCAGGUGGCCACUCCCCUCCAGCAGCCCAGGCAGGGGGGCCCCUCAAAGGCCCAUUGUAGGCACCUCCGUGUGGCUCCCCAGCCCCCACAAGCUCACGCUCGCACACGCGCCACCACGCCCAUCCGUGGUCCCGCCUGUGGUCCCGCCUGUGGUCCCGCCUGGGCCAGCUUCUAGGUCAGUCCUGGGCACAACUUCCCAGGAGGAGCAGUGACAGGUGCUGCAGGCAAGGGCCGCCAUGGCUGGGGGUGUGUGGGGCCGGGCCCGGGAGGCUCCCGUGGGGGCUCUAACCCUGACAGCACUGACUGAAGGAAUUCGAGCCAGGCAGGGGCAGCCCCAGGGACCCCCUUCCACAGGCCCUCAGCCCAGGUUCUGGGAGCUCAAACCUGAAGCUGAGCCACAGACCCAGGCACUCACUGCCCCCUCUGAGGCUGAGCCUGGACGUGGGGCCACCGUCCCUGAAGCUGGCAGCGAGCCCUGCUCCCCCAACAGUGCCCUGGAACCAGCCCCUGAGGGGCCUCACCAGGUUCCCCAGAAUUCCUGGGAGGAGGCAGUUCUUGCCGACCUCGCAUUGUACACGGCUGCCUGCCUGGAGGAGGCUGGCUUUGCAGGGACGCAGGCGACAGCGCUCACCCUGUCCUCAGCCCUGGAGGCCCGAGGGGAGCGGUUGGAGGACCAGGUGCAUGCUCUGGUGCGUGGACUGCUGGCGCAGGUGCCCAGCCUGGCGGAGGGGAGGCCCCGGAGGGCGGCCCUGCGAGUGCUGAGCGCGCUGGCCCUGGAGCAUGCGCGGGACGUGGUGUGUGCGCUGCUACCCCGCUCUCUGCCCCCCAAUCGGGCAGCAGCCGAGCUCUGGCACAGCCUAAGCCGUAACCAGCGUGUAAAUGGGCAGGUGCUGGUGCAACUGCUGUGGGCGCUGAAGGGUGCUUUGGGGCCUGAACCCCAGGCGCUGGCGGCCACGCGGGCUCUGGGGGAGAUGCUGACUGUUUCAGGCUGUGUGGGAGCCACGAGGGGCUUCUACCCACAUCUGCUGCUUGCGCUGGUCACACAGCUGCACAAGCUGGCCUGCAGCCCCCGCUCCCCUGACAUGCCCAAGAUUUGGGUUCUGUCCCACCGAGGGCCACCACACAGCCAUGCCAGCUGUGCCGUGGAGGCGUUAAAGGCCCUACUCACCGGGGAUGGAGGCCGCAUGGUGGUCACAUGCAUGGAGCAGGCAGGAGGCUGGAGGAGGCUGGUGGGAGCCCACACCCACCUGGAGGGUGUCCUGCUGCUGGCCAGUGCUAUGGUGGCACAUGCCGACCACCACCUGCGAGGCCUCUUCGCAGACUUGCUUCCGCGGCUGCGCAGCGCGGACGACCUGCAGCGCCUCACGGCUAUGGCCUUCUUCACCGGGCUGCUGCAGAGCAGGCCCACCGCACGGCUCCUGCGGGAGGAGGUCAUCCUGGAGCGACUCCUCACCUGGCAGGGAGACCCCGAGCCCACCGUGCGCUGGUUGGGCCUGCUGGGCCUGGGCCACCUCGCGCUGAAUCGCAGGAAGGUGCGGCACGUGAGCACACUGCUGCCGGCACUCCUGGGCGCACUGGGCGAAGGCGACUCGCGGCUCGUGGGUGCAGGGCUCCGUGGCCCCCUGCGGAAGCUGGUGCUGCAGAGUCUCGUGCCGCUCCUGUUGCGCCUGCAUGACCCCAGCAGGGACGCUGCUGAGAGCUCAGAGUGGACCUUGGCCCGCUGCGACCAGGCCUUUUGCUGGGGCCUGCUGGAGGAGAUGGUCACCGUGGCCCACUAUGACAGCCCCGAGGCCCUGAGCCACCUCUGCCGCCGCCUGGUUCAGCGAUACCCAGGCCACGUGCCCAACUUCCUGAGCCAGACCCAGGGCUACCUGCGGAGUCCACAGGACCCCCUGCGCCGGGCAGCUGCCGUGCUCAUAGGCUUCCUUGUCCACCACGCCAGCCCCGGCUACGUCAACCAGGACCUGCUGAGCUCCCUAUUCCAGGGUAAGGCCCCACCUUGCCAGGGGAUGGUGUUCUGGAGAGGUGGCUGGUGCUAG